AUCAUUCGACCUCGUUUUAAUUCUGAAAAUGGUUGACAUCAGCCUCUGAAAAUCAAGAUGGUAAAUGAGGAUAACCUUGCUGGCACAAGCUCUGCCCAAGACGAACAGCACUCCGAGGAGACGACUAAAGAGCAGCAGACUGAGAUGCAUGAAGAAGUAUUUGCAGAUGCCUCUAGUGAAGCUGAAGUGGUGGAAGAUGUAUCCUUUGAAAGUAAUGAAGCAGAAGUCACUGAAGAUGACCAGGAACAAAGUGAAAUUGUAGUUGAGGAGGAAGCUGAUGCCAGUGCUGGGGACCCAGAGCCUGAGGAAGAAGAAGAUUCAACUGAAGCAGCAAAUGAAGAAGAGGGAGAAGAAGAUGAAGAUGACGAUGAUGACGAGGAAGACGAGGAUGAGGAAGACCCUGAAGAUCCGGCUGAUGCCAUAAGAGAAUCUUGUUCAAAGGCUGCCUCUUGUAGACCUUUAAUGAAAAGUUUUGAAACAUGUGAAGAACGAGUCACAAGUAAAUCGCAGACGGAGGAAACAUGUUUAGAAGAAUAUCUUGAUUUUAUCAAAUGCCGGGACAAGUGUGUUUCAAGAGAUCUGUUUUCAAAGCUGAAGUAAAAGGAAUGAAUCUAGACUUUGACAAAUUAAGACAUUUCAUUCUUUCAUUGAUAAGUUGAGAGGUUUGAAUGCAUCUGAAAUAAUCUAUAUACACUGUGAUUAGUUGCAAAUUUGGUUGAAAAUUCCUUGUUCUGCAAAGCUAAGUUGCUUUUCAUUUUGCUUUAAGGUUGAUAUUUGUUUUAAAUAAAGAGUCACUUAACUGA